ACAAGAUAAGAUAAGAUUUUAUUAAUCCCACGAUGGGGAAUUCUUUUGUUUUACAGCAGCAAAGACACAUAGAAGACAACAGUCAAAACAGGAUGGAACAGAGGAGACAGCAGCGUUGACCAGAAUGCAGUCAGCUACAUUCACAGUGAAGCACAAUGUUAGUUAUUUCAGUCAAAUCAGGUCGCAAGAAGCUGUUGGUGUCUAAUGUUCCUUCGACCAAAGCGCGUUCACAGCUCGGUGACGCGCGCAGCUCCAGCCGCUCACUGAACGCGUCCGCACUCCAUUCAUCCGUCAUCAGACGACCGCUGGGGACGUCACACUCCUCCGAUGAAGCCGCUCUUCUCGCUCCGUUCCACUUCUUUCAAGUUCCCAUUUUAAGCAAGAAAACGUCGUUUCAUUUUUUUCAUUUUAAAUUACAGGAUUUACCACUUUUUGGUGAUGUCCUCACAAAGUGGCCGAAUGCUGCAGAUGCAGAACGCAUAAACAGUUCGCAUGAACGGAUCAGCAUCAGGACGUGACGGACGUUGGACGUGUGAAGGUGAAGGUUCCAUUGGACACCUGUUUGGUUCGGACCCAGGAUUCAGCGUGGCCUCGGUUCGACGCGCAGUGGGUCGCGUUUAUGUCGUUCCUGAAAGCACGCAGUCUCUGAAGCUUUAGAAUGAACGAAGCGUGAGCCUUUGCAGCUCAGACCCAGCUCCCGUCUCGGCUUUCGUGGACGCUGCGGUGGUCGCCUUCUACUGAGGGAUGUUUGUGGGCGCCACCGUGCAGCUGCUGCAGACGUUCGCCUCGUCCCGGAGCCCGAGCUGCGGAUCUGAGGGGAGAUGAGAGCCGCCGUCUACCACCUCCUCGCCGGCUGCAUCCUCCUCCUACGCACCGCUGCUGAGGAGUCUCCUCUCCCACGGGAGCUUCUGGAGCGGCUCUCCCGCAGCGACAUCCGCAGCAUCAGCGACCUCCAGCGGCUGCUAGAGUUAGACUCCGUAGAGAACGAGGUGAUCGAUGAGACCAAACACAGCUUCCACAAGGACUUCUCUCACAGCUUCCCCGACCUGAAAAGACACGGACACACACGACACAAGAGGAGCACUGUGGUGGAGGAGGCUUUGCCAGCUGUCUGUAAGGUGCGGACCACCAUCUAUGAAAUCCCCAGGAGCCAGGUGGACCCCACUUCGGCCAACUUCCUCAUCUGGCCGCCCUGCGUGGAGGUGAAGCGCUGCACCGGCUGCUGCAACACCAGCAACAUGAGGUGCCAGGCGGCGCGCAAGCACCACCGCACUGUGAAGGUGGCGAAGGUGGAGUACGUGCGGCGGCGGCCCAAGCUGAGGGAGGUGCAGGUGAAGCUGGAGGAUCACCUGGAGUGCACGUGCACCAACAAACAGCACGUCGGCCCCCACGCAGACGCACACAACGGCAUCAGGUGAAACGAGAAGCACAGAUGGACAGAGGACAGAAGCAGAACACAGACGAACCUCCAGCCUCAUUCAGCGACUGUGAAAGGACUGAAGAACAUUUGGACAUUGACAAAUGGAGAGAAACUGAGUCUGAUGGAGCUGCAAGAACAGAAACAGAACCACAAACAGGUGGUUUCCUCGCUGUGACUCCACCAUGAAGGAAACAACACAGUCAGAUGAAGUGAGGAGGAUUCUGGGAGGGCGUCAUCCUCAGUGUGGAGGAUUAUGAACCCGGUGGACGGGGAUUAGGUUUUUAUACUCCAAUCUUUACCGAACACAAGCGUAUAUCCUCUUAUUUUUAUAACCUCGUUUUCUACAUCUGGUAUUUUAUCCACGUAAAGAACAGGGGGAGCGAAAUCCUCCUGACAUGUUAGUGAUACUAAUAAACUAUUUAUAUAAAACAAA